GGAGGGUUUAAAGCCAGGUACAACGAGUCAGCUCGCCAUGUCCAGAUCCGGGGACAGGACCUCCACCUUCGACCCCAGCCACAGCGACAACCUGCUGCACGGCCUCAACCUGCUGUGGAGGAAGCAGCUGUUUUGCGACGUGACCCUGACGGCCCAGGGCCAGCAGUUCCACUGCCACAAGGCCGUGCUGGCCUCCUGUUCGCAGUACUUCCGAUCGCUCUUCUCCAGCCACCCUCCUCUCGGGGGAGGGGUCGGCGGCCAGGACGGCCUGGGGGCCCCCAAGGACCAGCAGCAGCCGCAGCAGCAGCCGCCACAGCAGCAGCCGCCGCCUCAGGAAGAUCCCGGGACUCCUUCCUCCUCCCCCGACGACAAGCUGCUGACCAGUCCCCGGGCCAUCAACAACCUGGUGCUGCAGGGUUGCUCGUCCAUCGGGCUGCGCCUGGUGCUCGAGUACCUCUACACUGCCAACGUGACCCUCUCCCUAGACACGGUGGAGGAGGUGCUGUCGGUCAGCAAGAUUCUGCACAUCCCCCAGGUCACCAAGCUUUGCGUGCAGUUCCUCAACGACCAGAUCUCGGUGCAGAACUACAAGCAGGUGUGCAAGAUCGCCGCGCUGCACGGCCUGGAGGAGACCAAGAAGCUGGCCAACAAGUACCUGGUGGAGGAUGUGCUGCUGCUCAACUUCGAAGAGAUGCGCGCCCUGUUGGACUCGCUGCCGCCCCCGGUGGAGUCGGAGCUGGCGCUCUUCCAAAUGUCCGUGCUGUGGCUGGAGCACGACCGCGAGACCCGCAUGCAGUACGCGCCUGACCUCAUGAAGCGCCUCCGUUUCGCACUCAUCCCGGCCCCAGAGCUGGUGGAGCGGGUCCAGUCAGUGGAUUUCAUGCGCACCGACCCGGUCUGCCAGAAGCUGCUGCUGGACGCCAUGAACUACCACCUGAUGCCCUUCAGGCAGCACUGCAGGCAGAGCCUGGCCAGCAGAAUUCGCUCUAACAAGAAAAUGCUGUUGUUGGUUGGAGGGCUGCCUCCUGGACCAGACCGGCUCCCCAGCAAUUUGGCUCAGUAUUAUGAUGAUGAAAAGAAGACAUGGAAAAUACUCACAAUUAUGCCAUACAACAGUGCCCACCACUGUGUUGUGGAGGUAGAAAACUUCUUGUUCGUGUUGGGUGGAGAGGACCAGUGGAACCCCAAUGGAAAACACAGUACAAAUUUUGUCAGUCGAUAUGAUCCCCGAUUUAAUAGCUGGAUUCAACUUCCGCCCAUGCAAGAAAGAAGAGCCAGUUUCUAUGCAUGUCGGUUGGACAAACACUUAUACGUGAUUGGUGGAAGGAAUGAAACCGGCUACUUGUCCAGCGUGGAGUGCUAUAACCUAGAAACAAACGAAUGGCGUUAUGUGUCCUCAUUGCCACAGCCCCUGGCAGCUCAUGCAGGAGCAGUGCACAAUGGGAAAAUAUACAUUUCAGGGGGUGUUCACAAUGGGGAAUAUGUCCCAUGGCUAUACUGUUACGACCCUGUAAUGGAUGUCUGGGCUCGAAAACAAGAUAUGAACACAAAACGUGCAAUCCACACUCUGGCUGUAAUGAAUGAUCGCUUGUAUGCAAUCGGAGGAAAUCAUUUGAAAGGUUUCUCCCACCUUGAUGUCAUGCUUGUGGAAUGCUAUGACCCAAAAGGUGACCAGUGGAACAUUCUCCAGACCCCCAUUUUAGAGGGCCGAAGUGGUCCUGGCUGUGCAGUGCUUGAUGACAGCAUUUACCUUGUCGGGGGCUACAGCUGGAGUAUGGGGGCCUACAAGUCAUCUACAAUAUGCUAUUGUCCAGAGAAAGGAACCUGGACAGAACUCGAAGGUGAUGUAGCAGAACCACUCGCAGGCCCUGCCUGUGCCACAGUCAUCCUGCCUGCCUGUGUACCGUACAACAAAUAACACCAGGAAGCCCUGGAAUGAACAGUAUCACAUUCUGGGAAGCAAUGACAAGUGACAUCACCAUUAUAAUUGGAACAAUGCAUUCUAAUGAUCCAAAUGCCGAAACCCACCCUUGGUUUCUGAUGAACGAUUUACAAGUAAUCACAAACGAAAGUGACCUGUUCUUGAGCAGAUACGGAGUCCGUAACUCAGAUCACACCGAACUUCCCGUGGUGACAAACUCUUCCAUUUCAGACUGGUUUUAACUUGUCCCAGCUUUGCAAAAACUUCUCAUGUGGAUUUUAACUUUCAAGAGGAGAAAGAUAAAAUACUGAAGACUUCCCCCAGAGAAACCUGAGAUCAGUAUUGUGCAUUGUAGUCCUCCUGCAUGUGACCUAUGUUGAAGUUUUGGGGAUAUUGUGCUCAUGAAUGAUCCAAAAUUUGACCCACCUAAAGACAUACGCAGCAUUACAGAAAUUGUCACUUGAUUCUGUAUUCCUAACCUUUGGCUACUUCACAGACUCCGUAAGCAACACAGUUCUAGAAAACAGUGUAAGAUUAAAGAGGGGCAUUUUCGUUUCUAUACAGCUUCAUUUUUACAUACCUUCUGCCCUUACAGCACCUCAUGGGACCAGAGAAGAAAAGAUAUCGUCUACUGUAGCAACUGCUUUCUGCCCUGUGGGUUCUAGGUUAGCCAGAGCCAUAAUUGUUUUGUCCUCAAUCUUAUCCAAAAGAUUAAAACAAAAUACACUAUAUCACUCUUCAGUUCAUGGAGGCUUGUGCUUUCUGGUUUUCUGAAGUACCUAAGUAGUGAACAUAUUGGUUAUUUGCCUGACAAAUUUAGUCACACAAUUUUGACGAGGUUCUGUUGGUUAACACAUCUGACCCAAACUUAACUAACCAUUAAAAAACUGGAAAAUUCCUUUAAGAAAUUUAGCAACAAAAAGAACGAAUAACUUUUUAUGUACAACCCAAGUUGGCUGUCUGUCCCUAAAAAACACAACACAACGUUACUUAAAAGAAUGCUCAGGAAAAGCACAUGACUUACCGUCAAUAUUCCUCCAAUUCAUCAUAUUUUCUUUACUACCACCAGCGAUGCCUGAACCCAGUUAAGUAAGCAAUUGCUAUAUUGUCAUUAGGACUACAAGGAUUUUAGGAGCAGAAGGAUCCAAGACUGUGAGAUAGUCUCCAUUAGGCAAAUCAAAUGGGCAAAACUGGCAGGAACAUGAAUUUGAUUUUCAAACUCAAGAGAUUAAACCCUAGUGGUGUAGUGGCUAGGAACUAUGGCUGCUAACCAAAAGGUCGGUAGUUCAAAUCCACCAGGCGCUCCUUGGAAACCCUAUGGGGCAGUUCUACUCUGUCCUACAGGGUCACUAUGAGUCGAAAUCAACUCUGUGGCAACGAGUUUUGUUUUGUUUUUUGGCUAAGAUAUAAACAACGACAGUUAGGAGUAAAGAAAAGCAUAAAAUACUUUUUUUUAAUACUCAGAGAUAUUGCUGAAUCCCUCAACAAAUGUGCCAUUCAAAACAACAAUACGGGAAAGCCACAGAUUAAAAUGCCUUGAGGAUAAGCUUUCAUUGUGGAGCACGUCAAGAUGAAGUGGGUAUACUGGAAUCCAAUGCCGUUUCUACAGUAAAGUGCAAUCUUCAUUGUUUUUGUAUUUAUUUGUAUGUUCAGAUCCAAAGGAUCCAUUGUAAGAUAUAUAUGUAUAAAUAUAUAUAUGCGGUGCAAUCAACUUUCAUUUCUUUUUCCUUGAAACCAUAUGAAAUAUAUAGAAAAAACAUUACAGUACUCUGUGGAAAAACCCCAGCUGAUAUCAUAAAGAGAACAAGGUCUGAUUAGAACAUUUUAUCGUCAACUGUCACCAUUUCUUCUGAAAGUCACAGUUUAUAUGAGAAUAUUUGCUUUCCUUAUACUGGUUCUUCAUUUUAUUUUUUAUUUUUAGCCAAAAAAAAAAAAAAUCAUUUAUGAGAACUAUAAGUAAAGCUUAUAGUUUUUCAGAAAGACACAACCUAUUAGAAAGCGAAAAGUGAGUAAAUAAGUCACAGAGAAUGCAAAUUUUGUACAGUAUUAGAAUGUGUAAAUGAAGCUUGGAAGGGGAAAACUUUAAAUAAAAACUUUAUGUACUAAUUCAGCUGUCUCUCUUAUUCCUGCUUAUAAAGCAUAUGUAUAAAUCUCAAAGUUAAAUUCUUUUGAAGGGUUGUAAUAUGUAAAUCCCUAAAUAUUUGUAUUCUUCAGAUAUGCUUCGCAAGUUUAUUUUGCUUCCUAGCAAUAGGUAAAUGUAUAUAGUAUGGCCAAUGCUAAAAUUUAUGGAAUACUUGUGGAAAAAUGUUGUGAGUGAAAAGUCAAAUGAAUUGAAUCUGAUUUGUUACAAUAAGGAGGAAUUCAUCCAGGCUCUAAUAGCAAGAUACUUAUAGAAAUUACUAUCAGCACUAUAUCAGCACUAUAUGUACUAAAUAAUACUUGCAUACUCUCCAAAGAAUAUGUGAAUUAAAUCAAUUAUCUAAACACAUACUAUUUAAUUUUAUUCUCUUUUUUAAAAAAUCUCAGAAAAUUUGUGCAGGACAAGGAGAGAGGAAGGAGCCCUGGCGGCACAACCAUGAAGCACUUGG